CUCCGCACUGGCCGCAGCCCUUCCGGAGGAGCCACUUCCGGGAAAGAGCGGAAGAGCGGGUUGGUGGAGGCGUGGUCAAGAUGGCGGCGCCUUUGAGGAUUCAGAGCGACUGGGCCCAAGCCCUCAGGAAGGAUGAAGGGGAGGCCUGGCUGAGCUGUCACCCUCCAGGGAAACCAACUUUGUAUGGCAACCUAACUUGUCAAGGAAUUGGCCCCGAUGGCAUCCCAGAGAUUACAGCUUCAGAAGGAUUCAUUGUGAAUGAAAUAAGCAAGAAAAGUAUUCAUAUUUCAUGUCCAAAAGAAAAUGCAUCUUCGAAGUUUUUGACACCAUACACUACUUUUUCCAGAAUUCAUGCAAAGAGUAUAACGUGCCUGGACAUUUCCAGUGGAGGAGGCCUUGGAGUGUCUUCUAGUGCUGAUGGGAGCAUGAAAAUCUGGCAGGCCUCCAAUGGAGAGCUCAGAAGAGUAUUGGAAGGACAUGUGUUUGAUGUGAAUUGUUGCAGGUUUUUCCCAUCAGGCCUUGUGGUUCUGAGUGGGGGAAUGGAUGCCCAGCUGAAGAUCUGGUCAGCUGAAGAUGCUAGCUGUGUGGCAACCUUCAAAGGUCACAAAGGAGGUAUCCUAGAUACAGCCAUUGUCGAUCGGGGGAGGAAUGUGUUAUCUGGUUCUCGAGAUGGAACAGCACGACUUUGGGAUUGUGGGCGCUCAGCCUGCCUGGGAGUCAUUGCAGACUGUGGUUCUUCCAUCAACGGAGUGGCUGUGGGUGCUGCUGACAACUCCAUCAACCUCGGCUGCCCUGACCAGGUGCCCAGUGAACGGGAGGUUGGAACAGAAUCGAAAAUGCUGCUGUUGGCCCGGGAAGAUAAGAAACUUCAGUGCUUGGGACUACAGAGCAGGCAGCCGGUAUUCCUCUUUAUUGGCUCAGAUGCCUUCAACUGCUGUACUUUUCUCUCUGGCUUCUUGCUCUUAGCUGGGACACAGGAUGGAAACAUUUAUCAGCUGGAUGUGAGGAGUCCAAGGGAUCCAGUACAAGUCAUCCACAGAUCAGGAGCACCAGUUCUAUCCCUGCUGAGAUUCAGAGACGGAUUCAUUGCUAGCCAAGGUGAUGGAAGCUGUUUCAUUGUCCAGCAAGACUUAGACCAUGUCAUUGAGCUUACUGGGGCUGACUGUGACCCUGUGUACAAGGUAGCCACGUGGGAGAAGCAGAUCUACACAUGCUGCCGAGAUGGCCUGGUGCGGCGCUAUCAGCUCUCUGACCUCUGACCCUGUGAGGGAGGAGGCCCAGCUAAUGAAAACGACUGGCCAUGACCAACAGCGAGCAGAAGCAUCUUCAGUCCUUCCCGAGGUCCCUACUCUUUGGUGUCUUGGGCACCCUUCGGAAGUCACCGAGAGCUCCACUGGCCACACAAGACUUGUGUGAACUGAGUAAGAAGCUCACAUGUGCUCACUGCGUUUGUCCCGACUUCUCCUUCUAUAAACUCACUGCAGCCACACAGGGCAGGGUUAUGGAAUACUUAGUUUGAUCACACAUCCGUUGUAUUAAAUGUUUACAGGACCAGGGACUAAAGCCUGUUCUCUGAAGGGAAUAAAGAGAGUAUGUUUGGAGGAGUCAGAAUUUGAAAACUUGGUUAAAUGUUCUUAUUCCAGCAGAAAAUCAGUCAGGCUGAUGGAACUCCUUUCUCAGGCACUUCUUGUUGGCCUGGUCAUACAGGACUGUUGACAUUAGCAGUAAAGAUCCCAUAGGCACAACCUGGAAAAGACUUUUGUGCAGGUAGGAUGACUAGCAUCCCAGUUUUCCCUGUAUUGUGGGGUUUUCGGCCACCUGUGGCUUUCAGUUCCAGGCAAACCAACAUGUUCUGUCAGCCUAUAUACAGGUGAUGAAGUAAAGGCAGUGGCUGUGAAAGUGGUUCCUAGAACAGCUUCUCAGUAUCACCGGGGAAUUAGAAAUAGAAAUUCUUGAGCCCACCUCAGACCUAAAUCAGGAAUUCUGUGGGUAGGGCCUACAAUCUUUUUUAACAAAUCUUCCAUGAUUCUGAAGCGUGCUGAAGUUUGAGAUCUAGAGAAAGAUGGUAUGGGGCACUUUCGUCAUAGAUGGAACCCAUGGCUCAUAGGAUGGCCAGGCUGGUCUGUGGGAGAUGAGGCUGGAGAAGCCCCGAAUAAUGAAGAAGCUUGAAUGCCAGAUAGGGAGCUUGAACUUCACUUGGCUGCAGUGGGAAUCAUGAAGGGGUUUUUAAGCAAAGGUGUGACAGGGUUACUUCUUUUUUUGUCUUUAAACAUAAAAAUGGAAUAAUUAUGUGUUCCAUGGCUUAUUUUCACUUAGUAUCUUAGUUCUUUUACAUUUAGACCUUCUUCUUUUUUUUUAAAACAAUUUCCAGAACAUGAAAGCCAUAUCCUUUACAUUUUAGAGAUCAUUAAAGAAAAAGUUUCUUGGAGCAUGAAACCCUGGAGCUGAGCCAUGUAGGCUGAGAUCGGGAAUUUAUUUAAGGGAAGAAAAUAAUUCCUGGCUCAGGUAACAGUAUGGCUUACAGAGUUCUUAAAGGUAUGUUCUCAUGAAGUCUUUAUUGCUACCUGUGACAUACCAGUGGUGAGACUCAGAGAGAUGAGUGAUUUGCCAGGGGUCAUAGAGAGCAGGAACUUGAACAGUUUAUUUUAACUUUAAAUGCCAUUUUUUUCUACCUGUUGCUAAUCCCUAAACAAAAUUGUGAAAAUAAAAUAUUGUCAUUCAUUGAG